ACAUGAUCUCAGUUGAAGCACCAAUUGUAUUUGCCAUAGCAUGUGAGCUCUUCAUUCCGGAACUCACCAUUCGCUUUUGGCUUCACGUCGAGGGAGAAGAGCGAAGGACUCUUCAUAAGAGCAACCUCGAAGCGGCAAUUACAUUUUCAACUUCCUUGUUGAUGUUAUUCCUACGGAAGGGGCUGCUGGUAAUGUGGGGUCCACAGCAAGUGGUGGGCCCUACUAUUACUCUCCAUUGGAACAGCCUGAUAUGCCUGGAGUUCAUCUCUCAAUGUACCUCCCGCCUCCGCCACCACCAUCGCAGGCGUGGCUGUCCAUCUGGCACCCUGCUGGUGAUGCUACUGGACAAAGUAAAUGUGAUGAUCAAAGCAACCGUUUAGCGUGAACUGCUGAGAAUAUUCAAAUGAGGACUGCUCUAUUUUUUGGGUUGUACGUGCAUAGCUGCUGGCCCGGUUUUCACCUCUAUUUUGGAUCAAAUGGCUGCCCAAGGAGUUCGGUGUAGCGUCUUCUCUUCUAAGCAUAUUGUGCGGAAAAAGACUGAUCUUUAUUAACAAAAAAAAACUGCUAGGCACUCUGUCUAGUGUUAUAAGUUCGUCAACAAAUUGUGUAGUACUUUAUAGUUGGUUUUG